AUGGUUCCCCAAAUCAAACCGGACCCCGACGCGGCAUCACCAUAUAUCAAACCCGACCCGGACAGCAAAGAUGCUAUUCUCGACGACAUUGACGAUGAAGAUCUCUAUGAAGAUGCCGGCGAUUUAGACUUUACAAACGCUGCACAGAGUGUGUGGCUCUCCCGCAUUCCUCGAACGCUCUGGGAGCAUUGGUCCAACCUCGACGACGAUGAAGAAAUUCAGAUCGGGACGGUUCGGAUCGAGGGCCCGCUAAACGAUAUUAAAAGGGUCAGUUUGCGUAUCAAUGAACGAGAGGAGAACCAUGAUAUCCCCAAAGAUUACCUACUGCAACGGCAAACAGUAAACACAGAACAUGUAUCCUCUCAUUCUACGCAAAACACGUAUCUAUUCACUGAAAAGGACAUUCCUGGCCAUGAGAAUCGGAUGAUCACUUUUGGCGAGGCGCGCUCAGCCUUGUACGAGUCGAUGAAGCGAGAAGCUAAGAAGAAGGAGCGGAAGAAGAAGUGGGAGCCUUAUGUCCGGAAGACGGUACCUAAACAAACUGCCCUUGUAGGCAGUGUUUCCGAGGAGUUCAACUGCCUUCCUGUGGAGAAUGAAGAGUUCCGGCUACUCUCAGAACAAAAAGUCUUGCAAUCUCUCAAACCGAAACGCGAAACCGUCUUCAUCGACAAGGUCCCUGGAAAGCUCCUUCAGGCAAGAAACGUUCUACCGGGAGAAAAGGGCGCCUUCGUGCAAGCAACAAAGGUGGCAAAGCUCAAGCCUCAAGAAAACAAGACAACGCGUAUGCCACAAAACGAGCUUCUGGAUCUCAUUUAUCAGUGUUUCCGAGAGUACAGAUACUGGCCAUUUAAGGCGCUCAAAGCGAGACUCCGACAGCCUGAGGCGUAUCUUAAGCAAACGUUGGAGAUGAUUGGUCACUUGGUCAAAUCCGGCGAUUUCGCCAUGACCUGGGAGCUGAAACCAGAAGCGAAAGAGAGCAGCUAUGCGAAUGCGUUGUCAUAUGGCGAUGCAAAGGAGGAGAUGGCGCCUGGUGCUGACUACAACUUCGACGACGCCUCCGAGGAGGAAGCGACACCCGGGAUGUUUACAGAUAACGACGAUAUACAAUUUGAGAAUCCAUACUCUUUAGUGACCAUGACAGAAGAUCAGGACCUGAUGGCCAAGAUCAGCCAGCUUGCUGGCCAGAUCAAUAGACACAAGACCCAAAACCCCCAGACAUCAACGCCUUACGGUAGUGAUUACCAAUCAGGUCAUUAUGUAGCACGCCAUGUACCUUCUCGAGGGCGUCCCGGUUGGGCGCCAUACCGCGGACGACCGUAUGGGCGAGGCCGUGGCGCUGCUCCUCACCGACACCGUACACUCGUUCUCAACAAUACAGCGACACCAGGGACACCAGGUGGUGCGACACCCUCUACUAACUCUGGGAUGGAUGUUGAUAGUGAGAGUCGAUCGACAACGCCAAAUGGAUGGGUUGCCAAGCGCGACCGACACAUGCAGCUGAUAAACUCUGCUAUAUACGACCAAGAAGCGCAGGCGAGAGCGAAGGCUAUGGAAGAGAGUCGCAAGGCCAAGGAGCAGAAAAAAGCAGAUAUCGAGCGAGCCAAAGUACUCCGAUACGCGCAGGGUGUCGGUAGGCAGUAUCCCGGUCCCGCCGCUCCCCAGGUUGCUCCGGGGCCGUCGGCGGAGUAUCAGGUCUACCUCAACGACAUACCUUUCCGUGUUUCACGAGGCGGUAGUAAACUGAUUAGAGUGUCUGGUGCGGCUUUCUCUGCUGCCAUACUGACCAAGCGGGCUGGCUCACCGUUAAUAGAUGAUCCGAAUACUAUCAACAACACACCAAAGAGGGUAACCAUUGCUGGUGUUACAUUUGUUCGGAGCAAAAAUGGGAAUCUCCAUCGUCUUGGCGCGGUUACUUCGAAAAGAAAGCCCAACGCGACUAAGAAGGAUGAGCUUUGCCGAAGAUUCACUACGACCGGCACUUGCUACAAAGGACCAUCCUGUCUCUACGUUCAUGACCCAGAUAAGGUCGCGCUGUGCAAAGACUUCCUCCAAACUGGUGAUUGUGCCGCAGGUAUAAGUUGCGAUCUUUCCCAUGAACCUUCGCCCCACAGAUCCCCUACUUGUAUGCAUUUCCUCCGAGGUCGCUGCUCCAACCCGGAGUGCCGAUAUGCCCAUAUCCGUUUGACUCCUGGCGCACCCGUUUGCAGAGAUUUUGCAAAUUUGGGUUACUGCGAGAAAGGCGCUAAUUGCGACCAACGACAUGUACAUGAGUGUCCUGAUUACGCCAACACGGGUGUAUGCAACAAGAAACGUUGUCGCCUGCCCCAUGUUGAUCGUGCAGGACAGAUUCGGAAGAAUACUGGUGCUAACAAGGUCGAUGCCACGAACGACGACGACUCUGACGCCUCUAGCGAGGAUGAAGAGUACGAUGAAAUCGAUUCUGAUGAUGUUGACUCAGACGAUCUUGACGAGGAUGAGCCGGAACUCAUCAUAAAAACAGACGGCAGUAACGAUCUUUCGCAGCAGCAGGAUUUCAUCAGCUUCUAA